UGAGUGUGUGCGGGAUGCAGUCGCAGCAGCGAGCUGGAUCCAGUAACAGCUCGGCUUCCGAUCACGACGGUGACGAUGACGAUGAUGAUGGUCAUCGUCGCAAGAAGAAAAAAGUUCGCCAAACGAAGGCCGUCGAACGGAAGCGGCGGAAAGUGCCUUCUUCCUCUUCGGCAACGACGACGGGGGCCGCCAGUGGGUUACUUUCGUCGGCUGAGAAAAUGAGCUGUCGAAGUGUGGAAAGCUCUAGCGACGAGGAACAUGGCCCUGGGGCUCGAUUACAACCCGUGGCUACGGUGUCCCCGGCCGGGGCGAAAGCAACGAGGCAGAGUGGGGCAAGCAAAGGCACCGAUGGUGGACAGCAGCAGCAACAGCAAAAGAAGGACUUCCGUAACCAAUCGCUGCGACAGAUGGAGCGGGAGCUGGCGGAUGACAGGCGUGCAAUGCAUUUAACGGACGAUGACGAUUCGAACGAUAGCGACGAGUUGAUGCACAUUCGCCCGGGAGCAGGUGGACGGACGGGAGUGACAGCUGCAAGUGGUGCCGCUGGUGGACGGGUGGGAACGGCUGGUGCAGAGUACGGUGGCACGGUCGGUGGAGUUGGGCGCUCGAAGAAAAUGCGAGACAUCUACUCCGACAGUGACAGUACGGAUCGUGAUAAGACUGACCACACGGCGAGCGAUUCCCAGCAACAUCCGUCGGUCCGCACGAAAGCUGCCAUGAAGGAGUUCAAUCUGUUGCAGGAAGCAGAUCGGAUGAAGCAAAAGUUACCCAACAAAGCAACCACUGCAUCGCGUGUGUCGUCCAGUGCCGCCAGCAACAACUCGACGACUAUAAUGAUUCCUGGCGCUACACCUACUUCGGCGCUCCCUGGUAGUGGCGGAGCAACGGCGAAAGCGUUUCUUGGAGAGCUUCACACGAGCAAACGCGGAGCAGCGGCAGGAGCUGGCGUGGAAUCUGCCGCGGAAGCUCCCUCCAACAGAACGACCGGCAAAGGAUCCACCAAAGAAGGUUCCACCUCCAAUACGAAAGGUGCCAAGAGGCAAUCACAGCAACAGUUGGUGGCAGAAAAGCAUCCAGACGCCAGCAACAGCCUGAGCAAUACGACUGCGACGGUAUCGAGAGAGGAAUCGAAGAUGGAGUUCCUGGCCGACUUUAAGGUAGUACCGCAGCGGGAGGCGGCGAAGAAGGCAGCCGAAAAUCUGAUGAAAACCAGUGGCACUACCCCGAUUAGUAGUUCUUCAUUGGCGGCCAUUGGUGCGCAAUCGCCGGUCGCAAGCAACGCUUUGCCUUCGCCUUCGGUCAGUGGUCGUAAGCAGCAGCAUGACAGGGAAGCGACUAUCUCCAUCAGCGGCAGUAGUAGUACUGGUGGAACUACCAGUAGCAGCGGCAGUCGGAGCGCCCUUGGUGCAAACGGAGGAAGUGCUUCGAUCGGCAGUAUCAUUAGUGUGGUCAACAGUACGGGAACGGGUAGUGCGGGAUUGAAGACGGAUCACGAAGGUCAGGUCGUUUCCGAAAGUGAACCUCACAUGCAAUCAAAGAUCAGCUCGACCGCUUCUAAUACAAGCAAUAGUCGAAACCGCAAGGAAACGGAAGUAAGAACGAUCGUUCCGGGUGCUACUGCUAAAGGACAGUCGUCGAUCGGUGGGAAACGUUCCGUCGGAAGCAGCAAUAACACCACGAGCAAGUCAACGGGGAAAGCUCCACCGGCAAAAGAAGCACUGGAAAGUGCGCCGCCAAAGAAUGCUGCGGAAACUGUGCAGGUUGCAAGUUGCAAAUCCAAAGAGCGACGUCCUUCAACCAUUGUCGUCGAGAAAAGUGGAACGGUCCGUGAUCGCACUGCGAAUACGACGAUGCCGGCGAACAGGGAGCAGCGCAGCAAAGCUCUGGUGGACCGUCUUCAUGAUGAAACGGCAGGGGUUCCAGCGGCCAAGGAGAGGGAAUUGAUCAAGUCCGAAAAGGCGAAGGACGCGAAGCAAAAGCGCGAGAAUCAUUUGGAAGUGUUUGCGUACGUCCCACAGCGACAGGCGGCAAAGAAGGCAGCCGAGCACAUCAAGAGCGGACUCGGCAAACCAACGACCGGUGAAUCGAUCGUCGGCACGGACGAGAAGCUUCCGGUGCCUGUGGCAAAGGGUCCAACGCCUCCGAAGACAACCAGCGGAGGUGCUAAAAGUAAAGAUGGAGAACGGAAGGCAUCUACACCGUCUAGCAGCUCGAGCUCAUCGGGCAGCAGUUCAUCGUCUUGCUCCAGUUCUAGCAGUUCCGGUUCGGACAGUGAAGAAGAAGACGAGGAGGAGGAAGUGGACGCAACCAUUACACUCCCUUCGAAGAAGGCAUCAUCGACGGCAGUGGGCAAUCGUGCGAAGGUGCCAGCGACAGCGGCCACGGCGAAAGCGGCCUCGCAUUGUAAACAGCAGCAACCGCAACGAGCACAGACGAGGCAGGAAGUGUUGCCCUUUCUUGACAAGGGUCCAGCGCGUUCCCCGUCCGAGUCUUCGAGCUCGUCAUCGUCGUCGUCCUCUUCCGGUUCCUCCUCGGACAGUGAUAGCGAUUCUAGCAGUAGCAACGCAAGCAGCCAUGACUCUUCGCCUCCCAAUGCUGCCACCAUACGGACUGUGGCUAAUAAACCGGCCAGCACUGCUGCUGCGCGGCGUCGGAAGUCGAUCUCAUCCAGCGUCGCCGUCAGCAAGCGUGAACCUAGUCCGAAAAAGCCUGUGGCGACCACCACUCCAGCAGCGGCCGCUGCGACUCGCAAGACAGCGACUGGACGAAAGUCUUCCACCGCUACCGAUGAACCGUUCGUCUACGAUGACGGCACUAAGGAGUCGGCGGCCGUUGCCUCUAAGACUUCCGGUGUCGGAGGAAAGGUCGGUGCUAGUCGAGCUGUUUCCGCUACAACCAAAGCUGGCGCUAGCAAAGACAAGCCACAAGGGCCGUCCGUCGAUGGAAAACGAGGUGACAGCGUUGUUUCUUCUGGUGCUGCUGCUGACGAGGCUACGAAUACGACCGGAAGUAGACGGAACUCCUAUCAACCGGUCACUAGCAACGAUUCAGCGAUUGCACCACCACCAACGAUGUCCACCAAACGAGGUGGUCGUCGCCAAUCGGUAUUUGUGGGUGCAAGUGAACUAGAGGAGCGCCGAAAGUCAUCUGGUACAGUUCUCGCUGUCGCACCCGUCGUUACCGAUACGUCGGUAACGACGCGGGCGACAGGUGCGUCGAAAAAUGGGCGUCGCAAAACGAGCGAAGUGGUCGAGGAAUCUCGUGAUGUCUCUGGCGAUCGCAUUUUGUCUAGUUCACCAGCGAAAGAGAAUGACCGUCAAGAGCUGAAGGCUGAUGAACCGCCGGUUGGAGCGUCCCACAAAGAAGGCGAAGUGAGCGGUGCGAUGAAACGACCGAACACCGACGAACAGUGCCCAUCCCGCAAGCGGCGCAGUCCGAAGGCGACGAAUCAAAUGGCGGACGGCGAUGUUAACCGGGCGAAAGAUCAUCUGAUGGACCAAGAGGCGGAAGAUAAGCUUCCGAUCGUCAAAAGCAUCUCGGCGGUACCCGCGAAGAGCUUGGAUGCCAUUUCGUUACUAACGGACGAAGACUCUAGCGUGGAGCAGCGAAAACCGAAGAAACCGUCGGAUGUGAAGAUGGAUGCGAAGAGCGACAAGUCCGUCAAGGGCGACAGCAAGAUGAGCAAUUCGCUCGAAAAAUCGCCCACUCCGGUAAAAGACAUCGAAAUCAUCUCGUUGGUGGAAGAUUCACGUUCGAACGAUGACGAUGUGGUGGUGAUCGAGGAUGUAAGUAACGAAGCACCGAAGGUGGAGGAGAAACCGAGCGAACUGCUACCGCCGUUACAGGUCGGCGUCACUAAGGAAGAGUGCGAAACGAAGGAUCCGGAACUGUCGGCGAACAUUGACGAUGGCAAAACGACGGUGGAGGACAAAGUUUCAGUCAGAGUGCCGGUCAAAAGUGCACAACCGAUGGUGGACGAGGCAGACCAAAAGAAAAUCAGUGGUGUCGCUGCUGUAGGUGGCGGUGCACCGUUUACAGAGGCGACUGUUUGUGGAGCGUUGCCAUCCAUCAAUAGUGGAUCGAAGGAGGACAAUACCAAUAACAGUAACGUCAGUGCUGGUGGACUGUCGAUGAUGAACAGCACCACCGACGGAGGUACGCCCUCGAUAUUCGAUCUACUGUUGCCGCAGGAUAGCACCGUGACGGACGAUACGUUCGAGCUGAACCAAACGCUCAACUUCCCGUUCAUGGAGGACUGCAAGGAGGACACGCAGCGCGAAACGCUCAAUUUGGUGGAGAAGCUCCGCCAGAAGUUUCAAAAGCAGCACCAGGGCGGUACCACCAACGCCACCGGGCCAGUUUCCUCGUAUGAUCAGAAGCCUUCGGAUGAGGAGACAAAGAAACACACCGACAUGACGGUGCUGGCCGACGAUUUAAGCGCUACACCGACCACUGCCGAUUUGUCAUUAGCAAACUUUGGUGCUAUCGAGCGUCCCAAGGAUGACUUGGUGGUGGCGACGGACACAGCGGACACCACAUCUCUGCUGGCCACGAAAGGUCUAGAUUUCUUUGGAAAAGUGUCGUCGGUUGCCGGCGUACUCGGGCAAUCGUCACAGACACAGUCGUCGCAGCAGCCACAGCAACAACCGUUGCUUGGAACACAGCAACCAUCGUUGCAGUACGAUUCGAGUGAGAAAAAGGGUGGCAAGGAUGGUCACCUUGAUCACCUAACUUUAAGACCUUCCGACGAGCGGUGGGUACCACCGUCAGCCAUGCAAUCCACGCUUCCCCUUGGUGGUCCAUCGCCUACGACAACGACCAGUACUACGACGGCCCUUUCCAUCGUACAGCAAUCACCGCUAGUUCCACCGACUUCGACCGUUCUCGGUAGCAGUACGGUUCCGAGUCACCAGCUGGCCCAGAACUGCAUGGAAGCUGCCCGGCUACUCAACAGCCAGACUGGCGGGGUAAACAACAACACCAGCAACAUCAACAACAACAACAACAAUGCGCUGAGCAACAACGAAAAGGGCCAUUCGGCCUCAGCGGUUGCUUCCGCCGUGAGUUUGUUCGAUGGUAGCAGCCCGAUGACGAACCAUCUUCAGCACCCUUCGCAACAGCAACACCACCCACAUCCGCUACAGCUCGGCAGCGAGAUGAACCAUCACCAUCAUCUGCAGAACUCGCUCUCGCGGCUCGACUUUAUGCAAGGAAUGCACAACAAGGUCGGUGUUUCAAACCAGACCGAACCUACCUCAAUGCUGUUGUUUGAUAGUCUACAGCAGCAGCAGCAACAGCCUCCACCACCCCCACCGCCACCACCGUCCGCCCGGCGUUGGAAUCAAAACAAUACCGCCACUAACAAUGCGAUCGAUAGCGGGCUGGGCGGUUCGAUCGAGCAUCAAAAGAAGCAGCACGAGUGUGCGGUGAUGCAGGAGAAAGAAAACAUGCUUCUCCAGAAGGUGGCUCAGCAGCAGCAGCAGCAUCGUAACAAGCUGAACGAUCUCAACAGCUUCAUGGACAUCCAGAACACACCGUCGAUAGCGGCCCCGCCUUCCUCACUGGUGGGUCAGCAGCAGCAGUACCCGUCCGCGGUAUCACUGUUUCCUCCGACGAGCGUCCCCGUACCAUUUCCCUCGCCGGGAGCAGGCCUGUAUCCACCGAACUUUGCCAACAGUUACCAGCAACCUACCAAUCCACAGCAAACGCCUACAACGCAACAGCAAGGAACCGGAGGCAAGCAUCCGCACCAUCCGUUACAAUCUUCCAUCGGUGCGUUGGGUAUGCCGAUGGCGCCGCAUCAUAACGCCAUGUCCAUGUCGGCGGCCGAUGCCAUGGUUUCGCCUCAUCGCAACCAACAGAAGCAGAUGCAGCAGCAGCAACCGCCGCAGCAGCAGGUAGUCGACCAGAUGCCGUCGCCAAUGUCUACUAUGACAGUUUCGCCGAACAAACAGAGCCGUCCACCGACGACACCGGAUCAGCAGCAGAACAACUAUCUGUUGAACAGUGGCGUACCGUCGGGUGGCACCAGCAGUGGUGGCAGUACCCCGCGGACACCGCAACACCGUCGCACUCCUCAGCAGCACAACCAACUGCAGCCGCUAACGGACGUAAUGGGAGCAAUGCUAGGGGAUGCUGGCAGUGCGACGGUGCUGCACGCGACGUCGAAGAAGAGUCCCGCGAAAUCGUCCCGUUCUUCGUCGCGCAUUCAAAACCAGCAACAACAACAGCAACAACAGCAUCACAUGCUCCUGAACGACAGUAACGGGGCGGCCACCGUGGGAAGCGUAGUCCACCCGUCAAUGGUACACCAGCAGCAGCACCAUCACCAUCUGAAGUCUCCCCCAACGUCGGCACCGAGUCCGGCCGUUGGUUCGAAGUCGAUCAGCCCGGGCAAAAGCCCCAAAACGACAGCCGUUUCCGUGUAUGAUAUGCAGAAGGGGCUCGGAGGCGGCGCAGGUCUCAUGGGGUCCCUCUCGGGCCACGGAAAAACUUCGAAAGCCACGGCGACCGCGGGUUUGUCGACGGAUGUUAAAGUGCCGCGUGCCCGUGCCCCUCGUGGUCGCGGAAGGGGAGCGGGCAGAGGACAAAAUGCAGCCGGUGCCGGACACGGAAUUCACGGUGCUGGCGGAGCCGGAGGGGGCCGCGGUGGCGGUGGUGUCGGUGGAAGACACCACCAUCAGCAGACACAUCAUCCACAGCAGCAUGGCGGUGCCACGGGCUAUCAUCUGCCCCAGCAGAUAGGAGCGAGCAAUGAUUUCGGGAGCUUUGGCAUCGUGAGUAAGAUCAUUGGCACGGUGUACGAUCUGGACUUUGACGAGGUGAUGGACUGUGGGAAGCUGCGCGAUAUGCGCGAUCGACGCCGAUCGCCCGAGAAUCGCUCAAUGGCCGAAACAGGCAGUGGGAACGCAGGCACGGUGGGAAGUGGUUCCGUGGCCGGCGCUAGCAGUGGAUCUGGUGGCCUCGUCGGACAUGCUAAAGCGAAUCGUAGUUCAAACUCUGGUGGUGGUGCCGCAGGAAGUGCUGGUUCAGGUGGGGGCUAUUCGUCAGCUGGAAGUGGCGGGUUAGUCGGCGGACCGGCCAGCACCUUACCGGACAUGGCCGUACUGCCGGGUCCGGUUGAUAUGCGCACGUACAGCAACUUCGAAUCGUCCACAAAUACCGAGGCGUACAACAGCCAGCUGUUGGGUGUGUUUGCCAGCGGAACGGCCGAUCAAACGCUGGCCGACAUUGACGAAGACAUGGAGAACGAGCUACAAUCGGCGCUGAAGGCUGACAGCAACAAUCGGUCGACGGCAGCGGCGGCUGCCGCAGCAGCUGCUGCGGCAGCGUCGUCCCAGGCCGUGGGAGGUGUCACCUCUGCGAGUUCCAUGCUCGCCGGAGUCACAAAUACCGGUUCACUAACGGACUCACACAUCAGCGCAACGAUGGUCACGGCUACAACCAUGGCUUCCGUCAGUAGCACCCCGUGCACGACCCCAGGCUUGCUGUCGGUGAUGAUGGGCGAAGAGCCGAGCCUCGAGCCAACGCAGGAGGAGACGAACGAUUCCGUUGACAGUCUGCCAACGAUGAAGAUGUCCUCGCUGGCCGAUUCGCGCAACAUCAUGAAGCUCAAAAUCAAGGGACCGUUGGCGCAUCUCGACAGUGGUUCAUCGUCGUCUUCGGUGACCAUUGUGUCGCAAUCGCAAUCGCUCGUCGGCAGCGGUGGAAGUGUUAUUGCGGCAGGUCUCGGUGGUGUUAUCAGCGGUCCGCUGAUGGUUGGUUCCGCUGGCAUCGGACCGGUCGGCGCUGUCGGUGUCGGUGUGGUGAGCGGUAUCGCUGGCAUUCCGGCCGGAGCGGCAGCUGCAGGCGGGUCGGCCGGGUCGUCCAACUUGCGACGAAUGCGCAAAAAGGAACUGCUGCGCCAGUACUGUAACCAGGACCAGAAUCAGGACGACCAGACGGCCUUACAUCAGUCGGGCGACGGGCACCAUCAUCACCACCAUCAUCACCAUCACAUGAUGGCACAGGGAAUGGGCCUCGGAGGUACCCUGGGCGGGCACAACAAUCGCACCACAGUCGGCUUUCCGAAAGCGGUCGAAUCGUUAGGAACCAUGCCGACGAAGGACGACUACCAAGAGUACGGCGGCAUCCACCGGAAGAAACUGUCUUCAAAUGCGUCGCGUGAGCUGCGCCAACUGGCCACGGCCACCCAGCCAUCCGGUGGCGAGCUCCAUCACGACGUGCUGAUGGACCGGAGGCGCGGCAGCGUCGGUUCGGCAGCGGCCGCUAGUGGCGGAUCGGGCGGACUGAACCUUGUUGGGUCCGUCGACCCGGCCGGGGCCUCCGGUGCCUCCGGCAAGCGUCGAUCUCGCAACAAUCGGGCGGGUGGUGUUUCUGGUGGCGCAACGAGUGCGAUCGUGACCACCGUCGUUGGACAGCAGGUAUCGCAGCAGGCACCGAAGCUUAAGAUCAAACUCGGAUCCUCUAUGGGCAUGCUGGACACGUCUGGUGCUGGAGGAACCGGUGGCGGAGUGUACGGGUUUGGCACCACCGCUGGAAGCAGCAGCCGACCGCCGAAGAAGCGUCUAGCGAGCAGUGUGCCUCCACCGAGCUUGGAAGACCUGAAGCGAGAGUACAUGAUGUUCGCGGAAACGAUGCACUUUGAGGAUGACUUCGAGGCGGGUGGCAGCGGCGCUGGUGCUAGUGGGGCGUCCGCCGCCGUUGGUCCGUUACCUGGUGAGGCCAGCGGCGACGAGGAGGAACCGAAGGCGAAGAAACACAAGCACAAGGACAAGGAGCGCGAUCGGGAGCACAAGAAGCGCAAGAAGGAGAAAAAACACAAGCGCGAGAAGGGAGAGAAGCAACAGAAGGUGGAAAUCAUAUCGGCGGCCACUGGCGAGGAGGGGGGCGGGUCGCAGGCGCUGCAAGCCCCACCACGGAUCGUGAUUCGGCUGGGCGUCAAGAAACCGACACAGCAUUCGGAAGAGUCGUCAUCCUCGUCGAACGUAGGUUGCCAAACUCCCGAGCAGCGAUCGCAGCAGCGAUCCCGACCACCAUCGGUUGGUGGAGGGACAACAACGAUAAUCGAUUCCGCGGGUGGCAACAGCCGACAGCAGCAGCAGCAGUCCUCCUCCUCACCAGAAACCGAUCCGCUUGCGAUCGAUCUCGCGGCGAUCCAUAACACAAGCCCAGCUAGUGAACGGAUCGCAGCUGCGACGGCAGCUACAGCUGCCGCCGUUGCUGCGGCUCAAGCUGCCCCGGUUGAAAAGCCUCUAAUAACCCCUAUUCGACUAAAGCUGGCGCGCAAUUCGUCCGGCGGUGGGUACGUGAUGUCGUCAAAGAACAGUUCCGGCAGUGGCUCGGAACGAUCUCCGCUUCCGAACGUCACUCCGCCGCCUGUGCCCGGUUCGGUUGGUCCAAGUCCCUGUCGUCCGGGCAUAUCACCAUCGACGGAAGCGCUGGGUAAAAGCAGUCUUGCCGCAACGGAUGUCCACGGAACACUCGACUUAACAUCUUCGGCCGCAGCAUCAGCCGCGAGUAGGAAUAUGAUCGAUCAUCUGCUGUCGGUCGCCAACAUAGCGAUGGCAGCCUCGUCGAGCAACGCCAAUAACUCGCUCGAUCGUUCAUCAUCGAAGGGUGCUACCAAGCAGGGCUAUCAGAAUACAACGUACGGCGCUGAUGGAAGCAGCACCACUAGCAAUCCAUCAAAGGAGUUGGCGUCAACGACCGCCGAUGCAGCCAUGUCUUUCAAAAGUCUGCUCGACUACGCGUCGACUAACACCUGCAGCAACUUUGGCAGUGUCGCCGGAGGCACGGUGUCAGCCGCUGGAACAUUGGCCGGACACCAACCUCCAAUAGCAACGCCACAGCAACAUCCAACCCAGCAACCACCACAUCUCCAGCUUCAACAGCAGCAACAGCAAUCCCAACCAUCAUCGCAGCAACCGUUGGCCGUGACUAAUAGCAAUGCAACAACAACCGCAACCGCAACUGCUGCCAGUAACAACGCGCAGAAGGACUGUGAGGUGCGAUGACAGUGUGUGCUCU